AUUUCUGUUUCAUUCUUUCAUUAGAGCUAGGUUGACUGUUUGAACCAAUCUGUAAUCGAAUCAGCGGAUUUAUAUAUGCUAUAUCGGAUUUUAUUCACAACUACUGUUGCUACUGAAUGAAUUUUUGUCUGAUAAAAUUCCGAAGGAUAGACUGGCGGUGAUGGGAGCGAAGCACAGUAAACCAAGGAUACGUCGGGGCCAAAGGUUUCCAAGCGUUCGAAAGAGACAGGCCCCAGAAGGAUCGAACGAUCCCCCAACUAUAACAAGUGAAACAUGGAAGAACGGAAAUAAUAAAAUUGGAUCUGGGUUUCAUGAUACAACCCAUGAUAACCAGGAGAAAUGCCUGUAUUGUGGAAUUACAGAAAAACAUUGCAAUGAAAGUGACCAAAGGGAGAUUUGUCAUAAGGCAAAUGGAAACGCAAUAGAAAGCCGAUGUGGAUUUUCAUCUUAUCCGACAGAAAAGUCUUUAUUUCAUAAUAAAUUCAUGCACCAGACCAAUUUGAAAGUUGAUCUCCCUAAUACUCCUGCGCGAUAUCGGAGUUGUGAUGGUGCUGAAAAGUGUAAAAGUCUUCCAUCAAAAGUUCCUUCGGGUCUUCAAGAAAAUACUAACCAAAUGACUAAAGAUGAAGAAGACGAAUGGACGAUAACUCUUUACGAAAUUGACAAGAUGUCAGGAAGAGUUCCUCGAGAGGACAUGGUUCGAUUAAUGUCUUCCAUUUACGACGCCGUUGAUAACAAAGUGGGUGAAUCCCCUCAAGGAAGAAAAACAGUCAGAGUGAGACUAUCUGUAACACCAGAAAGACAGAGUCAGUCAAAGUUGCAUCGCACCUCAUCGAAUCCUAAUAAAGCCAAAACGGAUUGCCGCUGCCAGGAUUGUCCGAAAACAGAACCUUCAAAUAGAAAAAUCUCAAAUGAUAGCAGAGUCCGGAGACACAGAAGCGAUGUGUCGGCGACUCAACUGAAAACAGGACAAAUCAAUCAGUAUCACGACAAAAUAAAAGAAAUUUCAAGAUCGCGAGAACGAUCAUUCCGCGAACACCAAAACCAUCAUCCGAUUCACUCGUCAGAAAAAUUGGAACGUGAAAAACUAUAUUCCAAAUUAAAUGGACUCAAUCAAAAUUCUUUCAACGAAAACUCAGAUUCAGCAGAAAUUAAGAAAGGACUUGGAAAUAAAGAUUCUUGUGGAACGAGACACAAAACUCUCCCAGAUGUCGGCCAAAUUAAUCAAGAUAAAUUAAACUCUAAGAGCAGAGAUCGUCGCCUCCGUUGUCAUGGUAACGACCCUCGAAGCGCUAUGCUCAAAAACAGAAGAAAAGAUCCAAGAUUUGCUUCCCCGUAUGAUCAACACUUUCAAGAGGCUAUGUACCUAAGAUUAAAAGAGCUUCAACGUCAAGGUGCGCACGAAAUGUGCAGAGCUACCGGUAGACGUCGAGAUAGCGACGAAGCGGACGAUGACAGUAGCAGCGAUUCGGGAAAUGAAUUCACAAAAUCGAACAUUGAAUCGAAUAACAAAACAGUUAUCCGUCAUGAUACAACCGAAUCACCUACAAGUUGUAAAAACAAUAUGACUGAAACAGACUCACAGAGUAAUAACUUACAAGAAGCUUCAACAGCUAUUGCUUCUUCCGUUUCUAAUAUUUACCACCAUCAUCAUUAUCACCAUGGUAUAUCAGGAGAAUCAGUUUUAGCAGCAAUAUGUUCGUCUGAUUCAUCUCCUGUGUCAAAACACGUGACCAAUUCUUCAAGUCCCGAGUCCAAAGGGAAAGGCGAACAACAUUUUCAUCAUUAUCAUCAUCACUACCACCAUGCGGAUAAAUCUUGACUUACCAGAUAUGCCGCUGCGUUAGUGGAAUAGUACCCCGCAAUCCAUAAGUAUCAAGCGCAUUUUUGUCAUAGUCUUGCCUUUGUUAAAGCUGUUAAGUUGAAUUCAAGUAAAAAAUUCCUAAUUACAUAGUAAUAAGAUGUAAAAAUUUGGGGGAAUUUAGUAAAUUAACUUUUGUUUUUAGGAUAUUUAGCAGCACACGUAAACUGGUAUUAGGCGCAUCGUUACUUUGAUUUGUAAAUGUGAAGCCGUACUUCCACUUAUAUGUUCCUCAACAAAUGUAUUUUUGUUAACCCCUUUUCCUAUAAUAAGCGAGCACAGAAAAUUGUCCUUGACAAAAUCAUAUUUGUCGAAUUGUCUUUUUAUUCAGCUUCUGGAUAUAGUAGUGUCCAUAUAGUAAGUUCAAAAUAAAAGAUGUUUUAAAAAUACAGUAUGUUAUUAAAAAACAAUUCAUUGCGAAAAUAUAAUUGUAUUCAAAAUCGAACUCAUUUUGGAGUAGAACUCUAAACGGACAUCAAGAUGGCGCACAACCUGAACUCCGGUUGUGUACCAGGUCAGGGUUCAGGUUGUGCGACAUCUUGGUGCGCAUACUUCGGGAGUACCCUUUAAACAAGUAUCCGGGUAUUGACAUCAUCAUAGAUAAAGGAGAGGUUUUGUGAUUUGCUUCUGUAGAGAAACGGUUGGCACUAUUCUCAGCCUUUCCCCCAUAUCACCAUUUUAUUCUUUCUUUUUAUAUUUUUAUUUAAUUUCAUCUUUUUGCGCAUUGUGUUUGCGAGUUUUCGAAUGUAAAAAAAUCAAAAUAGUCCAAAGAAUAUUAUUAACACAGAUGUUUAUUUAAAGGAAAAAUUUUUCAUUCUACGUUAUUGAAUGUUUUUAAGUUUCUAUUUAACGAUAAGGAAUAUUUUCUGAAAUGCCUAAAUUAUCGAUAAAUGCUUUUUUCGUUGUAGAAAUCGCCCUUUUGUCAUUUUUGCACAGUCGGUGCUGAAAUCGGACAUUCCUGGUGGAAUAUGAUUUGAAUAAUAUUAAGAUGAAUUUUUGUAUUAUUGCGUUUUUCUGUUUUUUGUUUAAUUAUCUUAUUUUUAAAUUUCAAUUUAUUUCCUUGUUAUUUUUGUCAUGUUGGCGUCUUUUGUAAAAUAACGUUGUGUUGCAGAGAAUCCUAAAUAAAGUUGAAUAACUA